CCGCGCGGACCUUCAGUGUUGACAGCCUGGAGGAGUGUGGCCCCGGAGCACCGAGGGGCCCCCGUACCUGCCCUCAUGCGGUGGGACAGCUCAACGAUGCUGAGUGGAGUCAGCGAGAGAUAGGUCAGGGAUGGUGGCAGACGCCGGUCAUGAGGAGUAGAAGGAAACAGAGGCACAGACUUUCGGAAUGCCACGGGCUGUCAAUCUUCUGCCUGUCCUGCUGGCGCUCACGGGAUACGCGUUCGCAGGGCUGAGUAUCUGGCCCUCCCUCCACGUUGCCCUGAGCAACGCCAGUGUAUUUGUAGACUUCAUCACAAAAUCCAACAUCAGCACCGUCCGCAACACAAGCCUCUCACUUGUCAACAUGGAAACCAACACCACCAUUCACACCAGGACUCUCCCCAGCAACCAAUGGGCGGGCAGGGUGGAGUUGGACUGCUCCUGCUUCCUGUCUGCAGGAACUUUCAGGUUCCUGCUCAGGCAGACCAGCCACACUGUUGUUUCUCAUGGUAACAGCACAGAUGUGAGUAGCAAGGAGAGCACCUCCUGGUGGUGGAGUUCAGAGCUGCAGGUGCAGUGGCCUACCUUUCACAUUGCAGUGGAGAGGGCUGGAAACCACUCAGGAUCUUUUCAGGUUGGAAUAUCCACUAAUGAACAUUUUCAGGCUUGUUCCAGUGGCCUCGACUCCGCUCUCUUCCUGGAGGUCAGCUACAUGGAAUACAACCAGAUUGGGCGCAACAGCAUUGACAAGGUCCGAGCCCGCACGCGACACCCAAUCAAACCUCUCCGUUCCCAGAGCGUUGAGCUGUCCUGCGCCUUCCCGUUCACAGAGAGAGACUUCAUACAAGUGGCUUUGAGGUCUCCUCAUACAGCGCAGGAAGUGAAGAGCUCUGGGCCGCUUUAUCUCUCACGCAUCUUCUCCUAUAAACUGCUGGUGGAAAACGCCAACGCUUACAAGAGCGGCUGUAAAGGGACAAUAACUGUUAGACUCAUAAGCCCACCGUGUGUUCACAUCAGUGGGAAAGUGUUGCUGUAUAAUAUGAUGGGGCUCGGUCCAGAGGAGCCCUCCUCUCCUAUACUGGCCUAUAACUGGCUGACGCAGGGAGAGAAUGAGACAGAGUUCAACUGCUCUGUGUUCGAACCAGGAAGGAAUAAAUACUGCUUCCGCUUUGUUUUCAACUUCAGCCACUCCCCUAGUCCAGCACAGACCUGCUUGGUGGUGCACAGGACUGCAGAGUCAUGGGGACCCUGGCAGCCAUGGAGUGUGUGCAGUGCGAGCUGUGGAGAGGGGGUGAGGGAAAGAGUGCGAGAGUGUUUGCUGCCCUCACGUGUGGGAACGAUGCAGUGCACCGGCAUGGUGAAGGAACAGUCCCUUUGCUCACUGGAGGACUGUGUUGCUUUGCCCGCUCCUUCUCCAUCCCUCCCCACUAAACCUGUUGGAUUUGCAACCUUUGGUGGUAACAUGGUCGUUGUGGCUGGUAUCUCCCUCUGCCUGGCUGUGAUUAUCACUACCAUUGUGGUGACGGUCUGGAGAAAGCUUUGCCACACCCCUCAGUGCAGCUCUGUCCGCAGUGGCUCCAUGCAUUCCCCUGGGGGCCGCAAGCUGUCGGAUGAGGCCUCCAUCUGUGGACACAGCCUCCAAAGACCCAGCCUCACUGAGGGCCACGGCCCACAAGGGAGAAUGGGUGUGGGUGCAGCCCAGAAAGAGAGGCCUUUCUUGGGAAGUGCACCUCUGUCACAGACCCAGGUGAUAGCGUUCUCACAGGACCCAGAAAGACUGUCUCCCACAGGUCAAAAGGUGUUGCCACCAGUAUUUGGGUACCGCUUGGCUCAGCAGCAGCUGAAAGAAAUGAAAAAGAAGGGGCUGAAGGAGGCUACCCAGCUGUACCAUGUCUCUUCAAGCCCAGUCCAUGACACCUUGGUGGAGACAUCUGCUUCACCCACCAACUCCCCGAUUCCUACACCAACUGAAUUAGUUAAUUCCGGCCUCCCAUCAGGUCUCCAGGACAACGCCAACCACCACGGCUUUAGUAUUGCUGCAUCCUUCGCUGAGCCUCCGCCGCAGAUUCCGAGGGUCACGCCUGACAGAAUGAGCCCCAGAGUGGACCUAAUCUUAGGUCCUGCUGGGUCUAGAAGUGGGGGCAGCUCAAAAUGGCGUGACCGCACUGCCCACUGGGUGGAGAUGGUGGAGAGAAGUGGGUUUGCAGGCCACAGAGGAGGAGGUGAAGAUGCAGGAAUGGGAAACUUCAAUCACAAGAAUCCAAAUUUCCGCCGCACCGCCAGUUUCAAUGACCCCAAACCCCAGACUCCGUCCUCGGGACAGUCCAGACACUUCAGAGAACGGAGCAUGACCCAGGUGGGAUCUCGCACCCUGCCUGAAGGAAGUUGUUUGACCAAAGGAGGAUGGGAGAGGCAGCCAUACCACUCUUACCCCAUUCCAGAGCAUGGGACUCCAGACUGGACUAAACCUGGACCCCAGAGGAAUGACCAGAGGAAGCCCUGGUUAGAGACAGCUGCUCCCUCUCGCAACAGUGAAUUCAAACACACAGGGACCAACACAAACAGCAUUUCAGCAUCUGAGAAAGAUAGUAGAGGAGGCGUCAUUGGCCCUGCUGAGAGGCAAAGAAGUGGUGGGCCUGUAAGUGGAGGGAAAGAGGGAUUGUCAGGGUUUGGGGGUCCGGCUGCCGGGCCUGCAGGUUCUAAUGGAGUGAACCAGCUGAGUAUAGAGCGGGCAGAGCUCAACUGGAACCGUCGUGGCCCAUCGCCAAUCCAGAGGAACAUCCUGGCCCGUAAAUUAAAGGAGGCUCAGUCCUGCUCAGGGAUCAAUGGUCGGCAGCGGAGCUCCACCUUUAGUGCACCGUCGUCCGAGCAGAGGAUAGGUCGCUGCCACUCUCUGCAGAUGUCUGGAGACUAUAGCAGCAGUGGCGGGUCCCCCUACAGGCUGAGCGAAGCGGAGCAGAGGAUGCUGGACCUUGAUCUGUCAUCAUCGUUUGUAGGCAAGGAGGAGUAGAUCACACUGGUUUAUAGUGUGAUACCAUUUACAUUUAUUCUGUUACAUCAUUUCGACUAAGAUAAUUCCAUGUGUUAAGAGAUUCAUGGCUUUUAUCUAUGAGAAGCAGAGAUAAAUAUAAGAUAUUUAAGUUUGUUUAUUACUAAAAUGUUAUUAUUUAUAAUUUUGGUUGGCAUUAUAGAUGAACAAAUUUCUUAAUUCACAGACUCACUGUUCAGAUGUUCUCUCUAGACAAGACACUUGGUAUACAUUUUUGUUUUGUAUCAACUACUGGUACAGGAGUAUAGAAGGACCUUGUACCUCCAUUAAAAAAAAUGGUUUUAUUGUU